AUGGAUGAUAUAAAUAGUUCCUCUUCUUCUAGUUCAGAUGAAGAGUUUCAAGACUUUAUGAUGUUUCUUGAUGUAUGUGAGUACACUAAACGUUUUCUAGAAAAAAUACCUCAAAGAACUUCAAUGUUGAGUGGUCAAAAUUUUAUAACAGAAUUGUUGAAUGGGAGUGAAAAAACAUGCUAUGAGUUGUUUCGAAUGGACAAAAAUAUUUUUCUUUCUCUUUGUACUUGUUUGAAGCAACAUGAAUAUUUGAAAGAUACUAAAGAAGUUAGAGUUGAAGAAGCACUUGCUAUGUUUCUUAUAAUAAUUGGUCACAAUGUGGGAAUGAGACUUAUAGCGGAUCGUUUUCAACAUUCCCUUGAAACUGUGGAUAGACAUUUCACUUUGACACUAAGAGCAAUAUGUAGACUUGGAAAAGAAUUGAUAUGUCAUACAAACUCUCCAUUGCCUUCACAUAUCGUCAACAAUCCAAAAUAUUUUCCAUGGUUUGAGAAAUGUAUUGGUGCAAUUGAUGGCACACACAUAAGCGCACAUGUUCCUGCUGAAAAGCAAGUUAGCUAUAGAGGUAGAAAAGCUAUAGUGACUCAAAAUGUUUUAUGUGCAUGCAAUUUCAACAUGAUGUUUACUUUCGUUUAUGCUGGUUGGGAGGGCACUGCAAAUGAUUCAAGAGUUUUUCUUGAUGCAAUUACAAGAUCUGAGAAUAAAUUUCCAUUACCUAAAGAAGGUGAAUAUUAUGUUGUUGAUUCUGGAUUUCCAUGUACCAUGGGUUUUCUUCCUCCAUUUCGAGGUGAAAGAUAUCAUUUGCAAGAAUAUCAUGGUAGAGGUCGCCAACCAAGAGGACCAAAAGAAUUGUUUAAUUAUAGACAUUCUUCACUUAGAAAUGUUAUUGAACGUUGCUUUGGUGUGUUGAAAGCGCGGUUUCGAAUUUUGAAAAUGAUGCCACCUUACAAGCAAAGUAGACAACCUUUGAUAGUUAUAGCUUGUUGUACACUACAUAAUUUCAUUCGAAAGUCGGCACAAAAUGAUGUUAUGUUUACACAAUGGGAAGAAGAAGAACAAGAGAUUGAAGAUGAAGAAGCUAGUACAAGUGGAUCAAACAAUAGUAUAGAUUUGUCAGACGAAGCAGCAACAGCUAUGGCAGCUUAUCGCAAUCAGCUUUCACAAGUAAUGUGGCAUGACUAUGUUAUUCAUAUGUAA